AUGGAUUUAGAGAAGAGGAACCUGACACAGAAAAAAACACUUGGAGAUAAAGCAGGUGAAGCAAAGGCUAGUGGUAACCUUGGAAACACACUGAAAGUUUUGAAUAAAUUUGAUGAUGCUAUUGUCUGUUGCCAAAGACAUCUGGACAUCUCUGAGGAAAUUGGAGACAAGGUUGGUAAAGCCAGAGCCCUGUACAAUCUGGGCAAUGUCUAUCACACGAAGGGCAAACAUUCAGGUCGCAAUGGACAACAAGAUCCUGGUGAGUUCCCACCAGAAGUCAGAGAAACCCUCCAAAAAGCCGCUGAUUACUAUGAACAAAACCUCGAAAUUGUUCAAGAACUGGCUGAUAUGGCAUCGGUGGGACGAGCUUGUGGCAAUCUUGGCAACACCUACUACUUGUUGGGGGAUUUCAAAAAGGCCAUCCACUACCAUGAACGGAGAUUAGCAAUUGCUAAAGAAUUUGGUGAUCGAUCUGCUGAGCGAAGAGCUUACACUAACUUGGGUAAUGCAUACAUUUUUCUGGGCGAAUUCGAAAAUGCUGCUGAACAUUAUCAUAAAACAUUACAGAUUGCUAAGCAGUUACUAGACAAAGCAUUGGAAGCACAAGCAUGCUACAGUCUGGGCAACACAUAUACCUUAUUGCGUGAUUAUGAGAAGGCCAUUGAAUUUCACCUACGCCACCUGGAGAUUGCUCAGCAGCUGGCAGACAGGGUUGGCGAGGGUCGAGCGUGCUGGAGUCUGGGCAAUGCCUACACAGCUCUCGGCAACCACGAGAAAGCGCUGCAGUUUACGAGUAAACAUUUGCACAUCUCGAAAGAGAUUGGUGAUGAAAAUGGACAAAUUUCAGCACAAAUGAAUCUCGCAGACUUAAGGAAUUUAUUAGGAAUUGUAGAUAGUAGCAAACAUUUGGCCAAAGACAACAGUAAGAAGUCUGAAAGAAAUGGUCUCUCAAACAGCACUGCUGAAGACGAUAAAAAUAAUGGGCUCAAAACUUUCAGAACUCGGCGUUUUAGCAUGGAGAAUAUGGAGCUGAUGAAGUUAACACCAGACAACAAGGCCAAUGCGAAGCAAACUUCUCAAUCUGAUGCAGCUGGAGGAGACCGAAGUAGUGGCGCCAGACCCAAAACUGCUAAAUUCCAGAGAGCAGCUACAGUUGCUACUGAAAAUGCCUGUGAUGGAAACCAUCUUAGUAUAAGAACUGUGGCUCGACCAAAGUCUGCUGAACUGAUCAGUGCUAUUUCUCAAGAGAAGCCUUCUGAAGGCGGACCUGAUGAUGAUGGAUUUUUUGACUUGCUGUCCCGUACUCAGGGUCGAAGGAUAGACGACCAGCGAUGUUCGUUUCGAGUUCCAAAGAAGACUGGAUCUACCGACUCAGACACGCCAUCCUCCUCCUCUUCCUCUCACCACAUGCCUAGUGUACCCGAAGUCCCUCGCAAGUCCUCUCCGACUCCUGGGGAAGAGUUCCUUGAUAUGAUUGCCGGUUUACAGAGUUCACGUAUGAAUGACCAACGAGCAAGUCUACCACAGUUCCCGGGACUCACCUCAAGAGCAGUGAUCAGACCUUAUCUGGAGAAGAAGAAAGACGACACAGUUCCAGACGAUAAGUUUUUUGAUAUGUUGAUGAGAUGUCAGGGAAGCCGGUUAGAAGACCAGCGCAGCUCUUUACCGACCGACAUUGACCGGUCGGCGCCAACAGUUCCCGAUGAAGACUUCUUCAGCCUCAUACAGAAAGUCCAGUCGAGUCGUCUGGAGGAGCAACGGACACCGAUGCCAUCGGCGAAGGCUUCGGUGACCACCACAACCAGCGGCAAAAAGAAGAAGAAGUAGCAGAAAAUCUGAUGCAGAAGAGGAAUGAGGCUGAGCUGAGAGAACAAGAUAAUUAUAUACAUAUAUGCUAUGGAAGUGUUUUAUUCAGGUGUGACCUACAAUCACCUUUCAGGGGUCAGCUUAUCUGAGGGGUCAAUGAGAAGAAUGAUAAAACUUUUCUUUUUUUUUUCUGUUAUGUUUGUUUUGCCAUUUUUUUUUUUCGUUUUUUUUUUUGUUGGUUGGGGGUGAAAAUAAAAACAUUUUAUCAUCA